CUAGCUUGUGAGAAUCUGAACCGUUAUUGUAUUUGGGGUUGGUGGAGCCAUGGAAGACGAGAGGGUGAGCAUAUACAGAGCCUCGAGAACCAUAAAGCGAAGAGAAAACUCACUCUACAACGCACUUCGAUCGAUUUACGAGGACUCGAUCUUCGUCGGAGAGAUCGCGCUGCUGUGGCCGGAGCUCCCGCUCCUGGCCAAUCUCCGGUGCGGGCUAUGGUACUCUUCCCAAUUCGAAUCCGGUUGCUACUUCAAGUCCACCGACGGACAUACCAACAACUGGUCCUUCAACACCUCUCGCCUCAACCUCCACGUCGCCCUCCUCGCCGGGCAGAGGGGAGGGUGUAUCAUCGUUGAUUCAACUAGGAAAGGGAAGAGAUUUCCGGAUAGUAUGUCCAAGACGAUACCAAUUUGGACCUGUGUGCUGAACCGUGCGAUUAAAAAUCAUCAGAUUAGAAUGCAUGGAGCUGGGAUACAAGUGCAUGGAGUAAGUGAUGAUAGGAUCUUUUUCCCAACUAGACUAUCGAUCAUGCUUGAUUCAAACACUUACUAUCGGCAUACUGAAGAUACUGGACAAGGCCUUCCUGACUGGGACUGUUCCUUGCAUCUACCCCUUUGGGUUUCCGAAACAGAGAAAAUUGCUAUUAAGGAUCGCUUGGAAGUUUGGACUAAGGAAUUGGAAUCUUGCGGAGCUGAUAUUACCUCUCUUGCAUCGUCCUUGAAAAAGCCAUUACGUCCUCUAUGGGUGUCACAAAAAACUGUCAUCUGGUUAAACGAAGUGCCUGUAUGUAGUUCUUGGGAUUUCUCACCUAUCAUACUUGUUUCGGCAUCCUCCUCUAGUGGCAAUUUUCAGCACAGGACUACCUCAGAGUUUAGUUGGAAUUAUAUACCUGGAGCUGGAGAUGAUGAAGAAAGUUGGGCUAGGGGUUUAUCGCCAAGCCUUUUCUGGAAUCAUGUAUAUGAUUUUAUAAACUCAGGGCCGGAGUUAUGUAACCAGAAAGUGGCUGAUAUUGUUGAGAAGGAUAGAGUAUACCGUGCACAAAGGGGACAAAAUGCUCCUCAGAUAUCGAUGAAGCCUUCGGAAUCAUCAGGAAGAUUUAGCCUAUUUUAUGCAGAAGAACCAAAAAUGGAAUGUGAUAUUCCGUGCGUUACAAGCGGGGCUUCUUUUGGUGAUAAUUGCAAGAUAUUCUGGCUAGGUUCAACUAAUCUCGCAGUGGGUGCAACUUGCUUUGCUGCAAAUGUAUCCAAUGUUGACUGCAUAUUGAACUGUGGUACUGAGGUUCUGUCCGUUUCUCUUGAAAAUCCUGAGACAUAUUUACAUGUACCGAUUGUGAACUCAAAAUUGGACCGAUUUUCUUUGUUAAGAAAUAUCCCUACUGCUCUGAAUUUUGCAAAGACGAACCUAAGAAGGGGGAAGAAACUUCUACUUUGCUGUAAUAAUGGUGAAGAUAUUAGUAUAUGUGUUUCAUUGGCAAUCGUAACAUCAUUAUUUACCGAUGAAGGAUUGUUUGAUGACGGGAAAGCUUUCGGUCAGACUUGUAUUACUAAGUUCGAGAUGCGGAAACGAUUGGUGUUUAUCUGUAAAUAUGCAAUAAAUGCCCGGCCAUCCAGAGGAAAUCUAAAGCAAGUCUUCAACUUUAUCAAUGGUGGUAGUGUAGAUUCUUUUUCAUAACACUGUUGUAGAUUUGCUCCCAUAUUGUAGCAAAACUAGGGGCAGAGGGAGGGAAAAUGGUGGGUUUUUUUGCUAAAAACGAUGGAGGACUAGGGAAAUUGUUGUAGUCAUAAACAACUUCCAAAUUUUGAGAAGAAAAGAAUAGAAGAUAUUCAUUUGGUGGACAUGUAAUGGCCAAAUUUGUAUGUUAGCUUGUAAUUUAUGGUACUUCCAUUCCUUCUAUCAUAAGUGAUAGAAUCACAUUAUUUGUUACACAUAUAUAAUGAGCGAAAAGUGGGACGACAUUUUCAUCC